ACUGAGCAGCGCCAGCAUGCGGAGCAUAUAUUCUUGUCAUUUAGGAAAUCAAAAUCACCAUUUGCCGUUUGCAAGCAUAUUUUGGUUCUUCAUGCUUUGGAAGUAACAGUUGAAGAGAGGUGAGGAAAGUUUGUGAAAAUUGUGAUCGGUGAUUAGCUGCCACCUGCCUGAGGUGUCUUCUGAGAGGAACUAACCUCUUUGUGGUGCUAGAGCAAAGGUCACUGGAUAAAAAAGGAACAGAAACGAGUAAGGUAGACUACGUCCUCUUUCAAGCUGCCACAGCCGUCAUGGAGGCCGUUGUCCGCGAGUGGAUCCUCCUGGAGAGAGGGAGCGUCGAGUCACUGCGCACAUUCCUCUUAACCUACGUCUUACAGAGGCCUCACCUCCAAAAGUAUGUUCGGGAACAGAUUCUAUUAGCAGUAGCAGUAAUUGUAAAACGAGGAUCAUUAGAUAAAUCAAUUGACUGCAAAAGCAUUUUUCAUGAAGUCAGCCAGUUGAUAAGUAGUGGCAACCCCACUGUGCAAACUCUGGCCUGUUCUAUUCUAACUGCACUAUUGAGUGAAUUCUCAAGUUCAAGUAAAACUAGCAACAUUGGACUGAGUAUGGAGUUCCACGGCAACUGCAAAAGAGUUUUUCAGGAAGAAGACCUCCGUCAGAUCUUCCUGCUCACGGUGGAAGUCCUGCAGGAAUUCAGCAGGCGGGAGCACCUCAGCGCCCAGAUGUCAUCUGUGUUCCAGCGCUACCUGGCCCUCGCCAACCAAGUCCUGAGCUGGAACUUCCUUCCUCCAAACUUGGGCAGACAUUAUAUAGCCAUGUUUGAGUCUUCGCAAAAUGUGCUCCUGAAGCCCACGGAGUCCUGGCGGGAGGCCCUUCUGGACAGCAGGGUCAUGGAGCUUUUCUUUACCGUCCAUCGGAAAAUCAGAGAAGAUUCCGACAUGGCCCAGGACUCCCUGCAGUGCCUCGCCCAGCUAGCUUCUCUGCACGGGCCCGUCUUCCCCGACGAGGGGUCCCAAGUGGAUUACCUCGCACACUUCAUUGAGGGCUUACUGAAUACCAUCAAUGGAAUUGAGAUAGAAGAUUCUGAAGCCGUGGGGAUCUCCAGCAUCGUCAGCAACCUGAUAACCGUGUUCCCUCGCAACGUCCUCACCGCCAUUCCACGCGAGCUCUUCUCGUCCUUUGUGAGCUGCCUGACGCACCUCACGUGCUCUUUCGGGCGCAGUGCUGCACUGGAGGAGGUGCUGGAUAAAGACGACAUGGUGUACAUGGAAGCGUAUGACAGACUGCUGGAGUCCUGGCUGACGCUGGUCCAAGACGACAAGCAUUUCCAUAAAGGCUUUUUCACCCAACACGCAGUUCAAGUGUUCAAUUCCUAUAUUCAGUGCCACCUAGCAGCUCCCGAUGGCACAAGGAAUUUGACUGCCAACGGAGUGGCCUCUCGUGAGGAAGAAGAGAUAAGUGAACUUCAGGAGGAUGAUCGAGACCAGUUUUCAGAUCAACUAGCCAGUGUAGGAAUGCUAGGACGCAUUGCUGCAGAGCACUGUAUACCUCUCCUGACAAGUUUAUUAGAGGAAAGAGUAACGCGGCUCCACGGGCAGUUACAGCGGCGGCAGCAGCAUCUCCUCGCUUCACCUGCGUCGGGCUCUGUUGACGGCAAGGUGCUGGAUGAUCUCUAUGAAGAUAUCCACUGGCUUAUUUUAGUUACAGGCUACCUCUUAGCUGAUGAUACUCAGGGAGAGACUCCGCUAAUACCUCCAGAAAUAAUGGAAUAUUCCAUUAAGCAUUCAUCUGAAGUUGACAUUAAUACAACACUUCAAAUUUUGGGAUCUCCAGGAGAAAAGGCUUCUUCCAUCCCAGGGUACAACAGAACAGAUUCUGUGAUUAGGCUGUUGUCUGCUGUUCUCAGAGUUUCAGAAGUUGAGUCUCGGGCAAUAAGGGCAGAUCUCACGCACCUGCUAAGCCCUCAGAUGGGCAAAGAUAUUGUUUGGUUUCUAAAACGCUGGGCAAAGACUUAUCUCCUGGUGGAUGAGAAACUGUACGAUCAGAUAAGCGUGCCAUUCAGUACAGCAUUUGGAGCAGACACAGAGGGCUCUCAGUGGAUCGUUGGCUACCUCUUGCAGAAGGUCCUCAGCAACCUCUCGGUGUGCAGCAGUGAGCAGGACCUCGCAAAUGACACGGUGCAGCUGCUCGUCACCUUGGUGGAGAGAAGGGAGAGGGCAAACCUGGUGAUCCAGUGUGAAAGCUGGUGGAACCUGGCCAAGCAGUUCGCGAGCCGACGCCCGCCUCUGAACUUCCUAUCCAGCCCCGUGCAGAGGACGCUGAUGAAGGCGCUUGUCCUGGGGGGCUUCGCUCACAUGGACGCAGAGACCAAGCAGCAGUACUGGACAGAGGUUCUUCAGCCUCUUCAGCAGCGAUUCUUAAGAGUGAUAAACCAGGAAAACUUUCCGCAGAUGUGCCAGCAGGAGGAGGUGAAGCAGGAGAUCACUGCCACACUGGAGGCCCUGUGUGGCAUUGCUGAGGCUACCCAGGUUGACAAUGUAGCCAUCCUUUUUAACUUUUUAAUGGACUUCCUUACCAAUUGCAUUGGAUUGAUGGAAGUUUACAAAAACACCCCUGAGACUGUCAAUCUCAUUAUAGAAGUUUUUGUUGAAGUUGCACAUAAGCAGAUAUGCUAUCUUGGAGAGUCCAAAGCUAUGAACUUGUACGAGGCCUGCCUCACCCUGCUGCGCGUGUACUCCAAGAACAACGUAGGGCGGCAGAGGGUCGACGUUACCGUGGAGGAGGAGGAGCAGUACCAAGACCUGCUUCUCAUCAUGGAGCUCCUUACUAACCUGCUGUCCAAGGAGUUCAUAGAUUUCAGCGACACAGAUGAAGUGUUUAGGGGUCAGGAGCCUGGGCCAGCAGCAAACAGAUCUGUGUCGGCAGCUGACGUUGUGUUAUAUGGAGUGAACCUGAUUCUGCCCUUGAUGUCACAGGACCUCUUGAAGUUUCCAACCCUUUGUAAUCAAUACUACAAAUUAAUCACAUUUAUCUGUGAGAUUUUUCCUGAAAAAAUACCACAGCUCCCUGAAGAUCUUUUUAAAAGUCUGAUGUACUCGUUGGAACUAGGAAUGACGUCAAUGAGUCCGGAGGUCUGCCAGCUGUGCCUGGAAGCUUUGACCCCGUUGGCGGAACAGUGUGCAAAAGCGCAGGAGACAGACUCGCCGCUUUUCCUGGCAACACGGCACUUUCUCAAGCUGGUGUUUGAUAUGCUGGUUUUGCAAAAGCACAACACGGAGAUGACCACCGCGGCUGGCGAGGCGUUCUACACGCUGGUGUGCCUGCAUCAGGCGGAAUAUUCUGAACUGGUUGAAACAUUACUGUCAAGUCAGCAAGACCCAGUUAUCUACCAGAGAUUAGCAGACGCCUUCAACAAGCUCACCGCCAGCAGCACGCCCCCGGUGCUGGACCGGAAGCAGAAGAUGGCCUUCCUGAAGAGUUUAGAGGAGUUCAUGGCGAAUGUUGGCGGCCUCCUUUGUGUGAAAUAAACAACAGAGCUUUCUGCCUAACCAGAUCCUUCCUGCAAAGUGCACUGAAUUGCUAACAGUUGACUUGAGUCUUGUCCUUUUUGUCAGUUCGUUGGCCGUUUGGAUUUUGCGAGCCUGGCAGGGAAGCAUUAGCCUCAGUCCGUCGUAGGUCUUGUAGCUUUUGGAUGGUGAUUUCAGAUUCUCAAAAUGAAAUUCCACAUACGUGCAAAGAGAUGUGGGCACCGUGAAAUACGUAUUCAGUGCCUUUUCUCUCUUUAUCGAAGCAUUAGGUGGCUACCCGAAGUUUAGCGUUUCCACUAUCAGAUAUCAGCUGGAUAUCUGCUCAUCUGCAUCACUGCGCAGCUGGUUGAAAAGACAGAUUCUUGGGCCCAGCUGUAGAGCCUCAGAGUCCGCAUAUGUUUGUUGGACCUUGGGUUCUUGGUUUUAAUUAGCUCCUCUCCUCUGCCACCCCUGCAGUUUUCAGUCAGUGCAGAAGACCCUGAAAGCUUUUGAGAGGUGUGUGCUUUCCCAGCCCUCCCUUUGGUGAGGAGGAGGCGAUCCGGCAGGGGGAAGGGCACCACCAGGUGUUUGUGGCUUCUUGUUACUACGCUCUCCCUGUCUGUCUUGUGUCACAGCAGCGUGGUAAUUGCAGGCUUUGUGAAUCUACUCUGAUGCCUGAACUUGAGGAGGAAAAUACAUGUAUAUUUUUGUUCCAUAAGAAGAACUUUAGGAACUGUAGCCAUUUCAUUGCCUUAAUUUUAAGAAGAAAUUACAAAAAGCAGAUUUGUUUUAGUAAGAAAUCAAGUCUUGGCGCUUCAGAGUCGGUUUAGGGUGUUAGCUGCUGUGAACCUGGGGCCCUUUUGAUUGUGUGUAUUUAUGUGGUUUUAUGGGUGAAAUGAAAGGCUCAUUCAGAUGUAGUCUAACUUUCUGAGUAUAUUUCUGUCCAGCCACGUAGCCCAUGGCUAAUAAUCUGCUCUGAAUGGCUUGCUUAAGCAAUAACUAUUUUAAAGGAUGUGAAUUACUGAUUCAUACAGACUCUUACACGUUGGGACAUUAGGGCAGUAAUUAUUCUAGAGCGGGUAUUAUACUCAUUUCACAGGAGCCACGUAAAUUUAAUUUAAGAGAUUAAAAAAUUCACUUUAGAUCGUCUACUUUGAUUUUUCUAAUCAGGAUUUUUGUACUGCUGCCAUGCCCCCCUUAACUCUGUGUGCCAGCUUAAAUUAUGGAAACGAAAGCUAACUUAUAAACACCAGGCACGUGACACUGUGCCCACUGCCGUGUCAGAAUCACACAGCACAGUGACAGAGGACCCUGGUGCAGGCGCGUUCUGAAACUGCGCCUCCGAGGGGCGAGCUUUCUCAUCCCGUCCUUGACAUCGUGUGCUCGGCUGACCUCCGAAUGCGGUGUUAAUACCUGGGCCGCACAGAGUGGAUGAGCCUUCCCAUGCACUGCUGCACAACGGUGAGGGUAGCGCUGUGCUCUUGGCACUUGCAGUUAACCAGACAGAGCAUCUGAAUUCCAUCCAGCCUGGGCAGGUGCCGCUGGACGCAGAUGAAAGCAAAGCCUAGAGCCACAGCUUUUUGAGGAACAUUUCUCUUAAUUCGAUCACCAUUGAGUAACAACUGAGGUGGAGCAAAAAGUCUUAGAAGACAUCUAGGGCAAAACUAGUAUCACUCUUUCUGAAGUGUACGUAUUAUUGUGUUCUUAAACAUACUCUGGACAGUGCAUUUAUUUUUAGAUUUCUUCUUCUUUCCCUUAAAGAACUUGAAGUCAGAGGCAGCGGUAGUCACUCUGUUUGCAUUGUUUCUGGUGUUUCAUGUUUCCCAGCUCCCUCGCGCCCAGCAGUUGUGAGCUAAAUAUGUCCCUGUCCCUUUGCCUUAGGGCACUGAGACACGCAGCCGACUGGAUUGGUCCACUGACUGCGACAAAACUGUAAUCAAGUUGUUACUGAAAAUAAAGAUGAGUAGGAAAGGAAUGCCAUGGUAAACAAAAAGGGCAUCCGUAUUUAAUAUCUUUUAUCUACACAGAUAUAUUUGCUGUUUGCCCAGAUUUUAUUACAGUCCUGCAUUUUCAUUAGACCACUUUUAAUUGAAACAAGAUUUUCUUCAGAUUGGACCAAAUAAUACAUAAGAUAUCAUCAGAAUGUUGGUUAGUGGCAAACUGGAAGGGAGCGCCACCACCAGUUUUAGGUAGUGGGGAAGGCCGCUUGAUUGCAUCAGCCAGGCUCUUUUCAGUUGUUCGCAUAUAUGUUUUCCUGAUGGGAUAUUCGUUUAGUUUGGGGCUUUUGUUUUAUUUUGUCGAGUUUUGUCUUCAGCUAUGUUUGUUGGCUUUUCAGUUUUAGGGGGUUUUGUUUUAAUGCUCUUGGCCCAGUGGGUGUCAAGAAUACUGGCUUAAUUCUAGUAAAUUGAUUUUUACUGCUAAAACUGUUGUCAAAGGAGUUUUAAGAGCAAAGACAUUAUUUGUGCCCCUUUUUAUAUAUGUUAAAGGGACACUGUUGAGUAUUUGAUUUUUUAUAAUGCUGUGUUUUAUAAACUUUCUCUUAUUCAUACACAGUAUCCUAUCACCUCCGUUUUCAGUUCAGUCUUUGCUUGAUCUUAUUUUCCUUGGCCGUUUUAUUUCUGAAGGCACAGUCUCUGCAGACUUUGUACCUUCACAGUUUGUAUUUGUGUGGCAGCACCUGUAACUAAUUCUUGUAGCUCAGUUUGAAGGAUUGGUUUGCGUUUGUGGUCCUGGAUGGGUGGUUGCCUGGGGGGUAGGCCACCUGAGACAGUAUCUGACAGUGUCCUUGCUGUCUCUUCAUCUGUUGGGAGACGGUGGCAUGUUACCAUCACUGCAGUGAGUUUUCAACAGUGUGACCUUUUAUGUAAAAAAACUUUGCAAUUUUUUUCGAACUAGUUUUAAGAAUUUAGUCUUAUUUCGUUGUAAACCGUGUUUCUAAUUAUAUUACAUUACUCUGUUCAGAGGAGAUGGUUACUACUAUUUUUUCACAGUUUGCAUUUCAAAAACCAAACAUCUCUGUGAUGCUUACCCCAGUCAGCAUUAUUUAACUUCCCUUACUGUCUUUGGUUGAACUUUCUCUUUUACCAAAAAUGUCAAGUCUUCGUAUUUCUCCUAUCACCAUAUUUCCCGUUUCUGUUAAUACCUGUAUGAACCCCUCAAGUAUUGAAGGGAACAAGUUGUCAAUUUCAAGGAUUUCAAGUUUGAGUAUCUUAAUUUACAGUGUCAGUUGGACCCUUAAAAUACUAUUUUUGUCUGUUACAAUUUUACUUCUGUUUGCCACCUCUGUCAUUAGGGGUGUUGUCAUUAGACCUUAGUAAGUUAGCUGUCUCUGACAGAUGAUUAUCGUUAUUAGCUCCUGAAUAAAAUAUUAACUGUUUAGAAACCUCAGUACUUCUUAGGGGUUUUUCAAAACCAGAGAAUAAGGCACUGAUUUGGAUAUGAGUUCUUAACAUUAUAAUUUUCUGUAAAUUCCUCUAUAAAACAACAUAGCUGAUUUGAGGAUGUAAUAAUGUUUUAAAUUAUUUUAAAAUGUAGGUGGAUAUUCUCUGACUUGGUAACUAUAUUCUGAAAACACUGCAUCUAAGAAUUCUUGAAAAAUUGAUUUUCUAAAAUUUUAAAAUGUCCAACUUAGGUAUAUUGCUGAGCUCAAAUUAAUUUGCAGUGAGUGCCAUGGUUCACGUUGAACUUUAAACAUCUUAAUUUAGAUGUAAGAAAUGUGAAGUAUUAUUCCUGAUUGAUUAUAAUGGGAACCCAUGACAUAUUUAGCCAAAGACUGUAUUUGGUUCAGGUAAAGAUAAAAGCUUAAUAAUGGGCAUCCAUUCUGUUCUAAAGAGGAUGGAUGAGGUGAUGUGUUUCUGGCCCCUAGCUCUGUACACGUAAGUCUUUGUAAAGGCGGAAACGUGGUGACGGGGAGGCCCGUGUGUCAGCCCCCCGAGGCUCACACUGCAAACCAUCUUUGUCCCCCUUGCCCUCUGUGGUUUGCUCUUCGCCUGGUCCCAGACUUCCCAGCAGUGGAGAGAUUUUGUUUUUGGGUUUUCUUUUAAGUCUGUUUCCUUAGGCCUCUCAGCUCCUAGGAGCUGUCAGAAUGUACUAAUAGCUAAUUUUCCUGGCCUGACAUUCAACACUGCAUCUGCACUAUGUACCUAACGGGGAUGUGACCUCAAGUGUGUCCUGAGCCCAGGCUACCUGGUGUGGUGUCUUUUACCACAUACAAUUAUUGACAGAUUGCAAAGGUUGGUAUUGUGAUUUGGUUCUCUGUACAAAGGAAAAGGUUCCACGCAGUGAGUUUCUGGUUUAAUGGUCACAAAAUGUUAGCACUGCUACCAUUCAGCACGUGUAAAAUUUUUUAAAUUUAUAAAUAUUAAAAUUUUAAACUUAUACUGACUUUUCAGUUUUUUUAAGAGACCCAGGGAUGAGUAUACUGUUUAAAUAUUUACCUCUAUUAACAUUAUUAAUAAAGGUAUAAAGUUGCAUUUAAUUUUUCAAAAGAUGCUACAAUACAAUUUUAGGAAAUAAGGCCAUGUACUGAGCCAGUUACAAGCUGAAUAUAAAAUUGAUAAAAUUUUAUUUGUAUUUUUUAAUCCAUAAAUGGGAGUUAAAAUAUGUCUUUUCACUAAAUAUUUUUAUGACAUUUUUGUUUUGACCAUGUGUGAUUUGUUCAUGGGUGUCUAGCUAGACUAUUGUAUGAAACUUAUUGAAUGGUGCUAGUUCAUUUACCAGCCUAGGAUGACUGACACAUUACACAAUCAGAAUAAUUUUAAAUAAAAAACAUGAGGACAUAUCUGCACAGGUAAAAUAGGGAUUUGCAUUACCUUCUGGGAGAACACCCAACCCUAAUAGAAUCUCCAGAAUUCAGAAAGAAAAUCGAAGUUUCGCUUAUAUUCUGUAAUAUUGAGCAUACUUAUUUUUAUCUCAGCUCACAAUCUUAGAAACAAUUUCAGAGUUAUUAGUUAAAUCAUUGGAUUCAGGGCAUAUUUGUAGUAAAUGUAGUUUGGGUCAUUCUUUUUGGCCUUUCAGGGAAAGUGGAAAAGUACCAUUCUGUGUGUCAGACAGACUUUCUUUCCUUUUUACCUAAUUCUAAAUCUUGUAAACAUAUGCAGUGAAAAGUUAAUUUUUUUAAGGAAGAAAAUGCGUUUUGAAAAUAUAUUUAUUUUAAACUUUA